AUGGAGGCAUCAGCUACAACAAAUACUGAGCAUAACUCCGUGUCCAAGGAUCAAGAUACCAUUAUGGAAGAGAACAGCUCAAAAUCAUCAUCACCAGAAGAAACAGCAGUUCACAUCAAGAGAAGACCAAGAAGAUCAUACAACUGUGGGCCAUGUAAGAAACAAAAGAUCAAGUGUGAUACACAGACACCAUGCGGAGCUUGUAAGCGUCACAAUAGAACAGAUCAAUGCUUAGCGUCACCACCGAACCCUCCUUCACCAGACCAUAAAAAGCGUAUCAAAAAGAUCUCAUUGUCGUUAGGAGAACCAGUGAAUAUUAAACCAAUGAAUCAACACCAAAUACACAACAAUGGUUCACCAGUUGGAGUUUUACCAUCGACAGCAAGUGGGAACUCUCCUGAUUUCAAACUUCCUUCUUUACAGGCAUACACUUCUAGUUUCAAGAUCAAUAGUGGUGGAUUUGAAGCCCCAAGGGACAAUUUGAUACCAUUGGGUCAAAGAAUGCAACAACUAUCAACAGACGCCAGUCCUUAUAUAGCAUCAAAAGAGAACAGCAUAAGCCAAAUACCCAGACCGUGGGAUAGAUCUUCAACAAGUCCAGGUUAUAAUAGUUCCAACAGCCUAUUUAAACCAAUAAAAUCUGAACAUGAUGAAGUUUAUCAAUUGAGAAGCCAAAUAUCGUUAUUGACAAGUCGUUUGACUUCCUUAGAAACAAAACUUGAAUCAUUAGAUCAAAAAAAAUCAAUGAAGUUAGCCAUAGAUGACAACGUCUUCGAGUAUUUAUCAACCAUUCCACAUCAAGUUUCCAUAAAUGAUGCAAGUGAAAAUUCAAAAAGCAUCAACAUCAAAUUCUUACAGCCUGACAAAUUGGAUAAUUGGGACGAUUUUGUUCAAGUGAUUCCCGAUAACCUGGCUUUAUCAAAUAUUGCACAAUUCUUCAAAUUAUAUUUGAACCCGCCAAUGAACUUGAUAGAUGCAAAAACUUUGGAUUAUUGCUUUGACUCACAAAAGUUGGAUAAAGGAAAGUCACUGGUGACCCAGGAGGAUUGGGAAUGUUUAUCUUUAGUUGCAAUGGUUUGCUCCUUAACAGUAUUGAGUUAUCCUCAAGAUUCCAUUGAAAGUCAUCUCAACAUCAAGAGGACAAAUGCACUUUAUGUAUCAAACACAUUAUUUCAAAUAUCUAAGAAUUGCCUCAACAUUGUCAAAUAUAGGGAAAACCCAAAGUUGAUUCAUUUGCAGAUUUUGCUUUUAUGCUCAAAUUAUCUGAAAGUAUUUAACAAAAAGAACUUGCUCAUCACAACUAAUUCAGAAAUGGUUUCAAUUGCAUAUACUUUAGGAUUGCAGUCUCUGAUAAUCCCUCAAAAUAGCCUUGAAGUUGAAACAUCACAAAAGAUAUGGUGGAUAAUUUGUUUGAAUGAUACCUUGAACUCCCUUAAAUUUCAAAUACCACCGUUAAUAAGAUUAGAAAACCUUCCAAAGGCUCAAAUCGGCGGCUCUCAUAUUUUAAAAGCUUUCAUAUCUGCUGAAGUUUCAAGUUUCAAUUCAAUAAUUACUUAUAUUGCCAAAAUCACCAAAAUUUGCAGCGAAAUACCUUUAGUGUCCAAACAAACCACACUUGAGUAUGUUGAAAGCCUAGUGAUCAUCGAUAGGCAAUUGACCAGUCUGCAAAUACCGCAUAGUUUUAGUCUUUUGAACCCAAGAAACGACAUUGUCUCCAAUUUUCAAAGUUGUUAUUUACAUUUUGUUCUGGUGCUGAGUAGGUUUGAGAUUUAUAAAAAGAUCUAUUUCACUUCACAAAACUCUUCAAUCUGGUUGGUAAUGGUUUCAGUACUAGAAAGUUUCUUCAAAAGGUAUAGUGAAUUGAAAAACAUGUAUCCCCCAAAAGAUCAUUUAAAUAACUAUCUCCAGAUUUCAGACCACCUCAUAAUCAGUGCCAUCACCAACUUAUUGAUAUCAAUAUCAGAUCCAGAGAUAUUACCAAGAGGAUAUAAGCAAAUUAUCCAUUCAUAUUUUGACUCCAUCCUUGAGGAUCUCCAAUUAUUGAGGCUCUCAGUUCUCAAUGACACCACACCGUUCUAUAACCAAUCAUUCAAGAUAAUUCAACGUCUAAGUUCAGUCUAUCAGUUGCAAGAAUCAAGAUCUUUAUCUGCUGAAGUAUCCGCUCAAAUAGAAGAGUCACAGAAGAAGCAACUGGAGGUGAGUUCCAAACUGAAAGAUUCAAGGGUCUUUGAAUCUCAAGAAUCUGAAUUAGGAUUGGUCCCAAGUAAUGAAUUUUUUAACGUCUUUCUCACUUCUUUAUAUCAAGAACAGCGGAAUUCCCAGCAGCGAAGUGUUACUAAUGAAACCUGGUCACUGAAAGACGUACUUGAUAACGAUCAAAUCUUUUUCUUGAGAUGUAUAGGUAUUUGUUGA